GAUCCCAAUUUGAAUUGCCGUACCAUUUCGGACUUUCACCUCAACCGCAGAAUAGCCCUUGGUGACAUUCUUGACACUCCUCACUACCUUCGACAUGGUCGAAGAUGGAGCUCAGUGCAGCGGGACGGUGCGCGCUGCUGUGUGCUGGGAUAGCUGAGUCGGACGCGAAGACGGCCGCACAAAGGGUCGGUGGAUCGGUUGGGGUCGCGUUGGGCGGCGCAGUGGUGCGGUCGACGAUGAUGCAAGCCGUUGGACCGCAGCGGCUGUCUUGGCGCGGUAGGACGAGUGAGCGAGGAAGAGUGCCGGCUCGUUGUAGCGGCGAUGCGCAAAUUCUCUGCAGGAAAGACUUAGUAAGAGUCGUCGUGGUGCACGGGGCUGUGAAGUGGCGGCUCUGCAGCGUGCGGGUGAGCAGGACUGGCUCGGUGGUUCAGGGAGCUGGUGCUGGCUUCGUCACCGGGCUGGGCUGGGCUGGCCAAAGCGUACCCUCGACCCGCUUGCCGCUCAACAAGGCUAAAGACGCACGAGCUCACAAUGCGGAACAUCUAGGGCAGCUCUACAGGCCGUUGCUUGUCUGCAGAUACAUAUUCCAGUGGCAUGGCCUUGAUGGUGGCUGCACAGCGCGUGUCACGACCAACUUGCAUAUCCGAAAUGGGUCAGGGAUCGCAUGCAGGAAUUACAGAAGCGCGUCGGCGCGAUUUGAAUGUCUAAAGCGGAUUUACAUCCUUCAUUAAUUACCAGUCUAGAGAUUGCCAGUGCAAAGGAAAUACCCGAGUAACCUGCGAGCCGCAGACGCCCUUGCCAGUCUUAGAAGGGACACCCAACUCCAUCAGUUCCCUUGAACCGUAAGAAAACGCCCACCAGCUUCACAGUAGAGCUUGGUGAGUAGGGAAUGCAACAAACGAGAUAGUGAGUCGGUCACCAACCCAAACGCAACCAAAUCAGAAAAG